AUGGACAGACUGAACGCGAAGCUGUACCUGCAGAACUGCUUCAUCAUGAAGGAGAACGAGCGGCUGCGCAAGAAGGCGCUGCUGCUGAACCAGGAGAACCAGGCCCUGCUCACCGAGCUCAAGCAGCGCAUCGCCAAAACGGCGGCGGCGGCGGCCAACAACAACGGCAACGCCAAGGCCAACGGGAAUGUGGCGGCAGCAGCAGGCAACCGCACGCCGAUCCCGGACCUCAAUGCCGCCGCUCCAGGUCUAGGGGCGCAUGCCGGCCACGAGAAGGCGGCGUCGCCCAAGCCAAAGAAGGCGGUCGCAAACUGA